AUGCUCCUGGGCAUGAGCGCCUGCAGCAGGAAGGCGCUGACCCUGCUCAGCAGUGUGUUUGCUGUCUGUGGCCUUGGCCUCCUGGGCAUCUCUGUCAGCACAGACUACUGGCUCUACCUGGAAGAGGGCAUCGUCCAGCCCCAGAACCAGACGGCGGAGAUCAAGCUGUCGCUGCACUCGGGGCUCUGGAGGGUUUGCUUCUUGGCAGGUGAUGAGCGUGGCCGGUGCUUCACCAUUGAGUAUGUCAUGCCCAUGAACAUCCAGCUGACAUCUGAAUCCACAGUCAACGUCCUGAAGAUGAUCCGCUCUGCCACCCCCUUCCCCCUGGUCAGCCUCUUCUUCAUGUUCAUUGGCUUCAUCCUGAGCAACAUCGGCCACAUUCGGCCCCACAGGACCAUCCUUGCCUUUGUCUCGGGGAUAUUCUUCAUCCUGUCAGGUCUGUCGCUGGUGGUGGGGCUGGUCCUCUACAUAUCCAGCAUUAAUGAUGAGAUGCUCAACAGGACCAAGGACUCAGAAACAUUCUUCAACUACAAAUACGGAUGGUCGUUUGCCUUCUCUGCCAUCUCCUUCCUUCUCACUGAG